AUGGCGGGACCUGGGGGUUGGAGGGACAAGGAGGUCACAGAUCUGGGCCACUUGCCGGAUCCAACUGGAAUAUUUUCACUGGAUAAAACCAUUGGCCUUGGUACUUAUGGCAGAAUCUAUUUGGGUCUCCAUGAAAAAACUGGUGCAUUUACAGCUGUUAAAGUGAUGAAUGCUCGUAAGACUCCUUUACCUGAAAUAGGAAGGCGAGUGAGAGUGAAUAAGUAUCAAAAGUCUGUCGGGUGGAGAUACAGUGAUGAGGAAGAGGAUCUCAGGACUGAACUCAACCUUUUGAAGAAGUACUCUUUCCACAAAAACAUUGUGUCCUUCUAUGGUGCAUUUUUCAAGCUGAGCCCUGCUGGCCAGAGGCACCAACUUUGGAUGGUGAUGGAAUUAUGUGCAGCAGGCUCAGUUACUGAUGUAGUCAGAAUGACCAGAAAUCAGAGUUUGAAAGAAGAUUGGAUUGCUUAUAUCUGCCGAGAAAUACUUCAGGGCUUAGCUCAUCUUCAUGCACACCGUGUAAUUCACCGGGACAUCAAAGGUCAGAAUGUGCUAUUGACUCAUAAUGCUGAAGUAAAGCUAGUGGAUUUUGGAGUGAGUGCCCAGGUGAGCAGAACUAAUGGUAGGAGAAAUAGCUUCAUUGGGACACCAUACUGGAUGGCACCUGAAGUGAUUGACUGUGAUGAGGACCCUAGACGCUCCUAUGAUUACAGAAGUGAUGUGUGGUCCGUGGGAAUCACUGCUAUUGAAAUGGCUGAAGGGGCUCCUCCGCUGUGUAACCUUCAGCCCUUGGAAGCCCUCUUUGUAAUUUUGCGGGAAUCUGCUCCCAAAGUCAAAUCCAGUGGAUGGUCUCGCAAGUUCCACAAUUUCAUGGAAAAAUGCACGAUAAAAAAUUUCCUAUUUCGUCCCACUUCUGCUAAUAUGCUUCAUCAUCCAUUUGUUCGGAAUAUAAAACAUGAAGGACAUGUUGUUGAGUCACUGAAGAAACAUCUUACUGGAAUCAUUAAAAAGAGACAGAAAAAAGGAAUACCUCUGAUCUUUGAAAGAGAAGAAGAUAUUAAGGAGCAGUACACCACACGAAAAUUCAGAGGACGUUGUUGUACCCAUGAACUUCUGAGACUGCCAACCAGCAGUAGAUGCAGACCACUUAGAGUCCUGCAUGGAGAACCCUCUCAGCCAAGGUGGUUACCUGACCGAGAAGAGCCACAGGUCCAGGCACUCCAGCAUCCACAGGGAGCAGCCAAGAUGUUCAAGCCACUACAGGCUCAGAACAAUGCACCUAGAUCUCUACAGGGGCAAGCCCGGCCAUCUCAGAGACUACAAGGGGCAGCUCAGGUGUUUAUGCCACUACAGGCUCAGAUUAAGGCUAAAACAUCUAGGCCCCUACAGAUGCAGAUUAAAGCACCUCCACGACUACGGAGGGCAGCCUGGAUGCUCAUGCCACUACAGGCUCAGGUUAAGGCACCUAGGUCUCUACGUCUACAUGCCCAGGUACCCAGAGACCAGAAAGAUCAGGCUCAGCCCCAGGAAUCAGAAAAUCCACAGGAUCUGGACCGGGUACCAGAGGAAUUUCAGGGGCAAAAUCAGGUACCUGAACAACAACAAGGGCAAGUUCCAGCCCCUGGACAACAGCAAGGGCAGAACCAGUUACCUGAACAGCAGCUGGAGCAGAAUCAAGUACCUGAACAGCCAGAGGUACAGGAACAGGCUGCUGAGCCUACACAGGCAGAGACUGAGGCAGAGGAACUAGAGUCAUUACAUGUACAAGCCCAGGUGUUCUUGCCUCUACUGUCACAGAACCACCACGUGCUCUUUCCACUACAUUUGGAUACUCAGGUGCUUAUUCCAGUAGAGGGACAAACCAAAGAGUCACCUCAGGCACAGGCCUGGGCACUAGAGCCCCCACAGGACGUUGGCUCAGUUCAAGCACUGAUAGAGGGACUAUCAAGAAACUUACUUCGAGCACCAAACUCACAUAACUCAAAGCCACUUGGUCCACUGCAAACCCUGAUGGAAAACCUGUCAUCAAACAUAUUUUAUUCUCAACCAGAACAGGCACAGAAGAAGAAAAAAUCAAAGGUUUCUAGUCUAAGGCAAGCACUGGCAAAAAGAUUAUCACCAAAGAAGUUCCGGGCAAAGUUAUCACGGAGACCGGAAGAGUUUGAGCUUUUAGAUUUACAAGCCUACAGGCGAAGGCGCCAACGCAGAUGGGAAGAUAUCUUUAAUCAACACGAGGAAGAAUUGAGACAAGUUGCAAGUGACAAAGAAGAUGAAUCAUCAGACAAUGAUGAAGUAUUUCAUUCAAUUCAGGCUGAAGCCCAAAUAGAACCAUUGCAGCCAUACGUACCAAAUCCUAAAGGAAAUGAGGUCCAAGAAAGAUGUACUUCUGUGCCUUAUAACCGGGAUCAUGCACACCACAUCAUGUUCUCUUCAAGUGUUCCUCAGUGGUCUCUUUUGGAACAAGUUCAGAAGCCCAUUGACACCAGACAAAGAAGUUUGCAAAAUCCUCAAAAUUGCCCAGCAACAUCAGAGUCUUCCAAGGAAGAGAGUCCAGUGACUAGGAGAAGGUCACAGUCAUCACCUCCUUAUUCUACAAUUGAUCAGAAGUUGCUGGUUGAUAUCCAUGUUCCAGAUGGAUUUAAAGUAGGAAAAAUAUCACCCCCCGUUUAUUUGACAAAUGAAUGGGUAGGCUAUAAUGCACUCUCUGAAAUCUUCCGGAAUGAUUGGUUAACUCCUGCACCUUUCAUUCAGCCACCUGAAGAAGAUGGUGAUUAUGUUGAACUCUAUGAUGCUGGUAUUGAUACUGAUGGUGAUGAUAAUGAUUCUAAUGAUGUGUAUGAAGAUACUUAUGAGCAUGACAAUGGCAAUGAUGCCUUGGAUAACCAUGUUGGUCAGGCUAAUGAUGUUGGUGAAGACCAAGAUGAUGAUGGCAAUGAUGAAGGUGUUGAUGACAAAGGCAAUAAUCAUGAUGAUGCUCCUAGUUGGCCAAGGUCAAGCUAUGGCAGAGGUGCAAGCUGGAAGCAAAAUGGUAGAGAUGACGAUAAUGGAGGAGAAGGUACCUGCAGCAGCUAUGGAAGCCAGAGAACCAGUAGAAGCCAUUUAAGAUAUGCAGCCAGUGGGGACAAUACAGCUAUGGGAGAUCACGAAGAAGAUAAAGCCAAUAUAGGAAGUGGGAGAAGAGGCAUGGAGGGCAAUGGAGGUAGGGGAGUCAAUGAAACCAAUGAAGAGAGUGAAGUCUUUGAACUCAGUGAAGGAGAAAGUUGUUCAGAGACAGAUGAUCCAGGUUUGGAGAGGCCAACAUCCCAGGACAAUGAACAUCAACAAGAGGAAUCAGUUGGCAGAAGUGGGACCUCAAACGCCAUUGCCUCAACACCUAACGAUGAGAAUGACAGUAUAGACAUAUCAGAAGCAUCAACAGAAUCAGGUUUUUCUGCCAGUCACUCAUCUCCUUUCAACAUUUCUGGGAGUGCUACAAAUACUGAGUUUGCCAAUUCCAUUUUAUAUACUGGAUUAGUGGAAGUACCUGAGAAAUCACCUAAGAAAACCUCUGAAGUAAAUGUUAACCCACUAUAUGUCUCUACUGCAUGUAAAAAACCACUAAUCCACAUGUAUGAAAAGGAAUUUACUUCUGAGAUCUGCUGUGGUUCUUUGUGGGGAGUGAAUUUGCUGUUGGGAACCAGAUCUAAUCUGUAUCUUAUGGACAGAAGUGGAAAGGCAGAUAUUACAAAACUUAUAAAACGAAGACCAUUUCGUCAGAUUCAAGUUGUAGAGCCACUCAAUUUGCUGAUUACUAUCUCGGGCCAUAAAAACAGACUUCGGGUGUAUCAUCUGACCUGGCUGAGGAACAAGAUUUUGAAUGAUGAUCCAGAAAGUAAAAGAAGACAAGAGGAAAUGCUAAAGACAGAGGAAGCCUGCAAAGCUAUUGAUAAGUUGACAGGCUGUGAACACUUCAGUGUUCUCCAACAUGAAGAAACAACAUAUAUUGCAAUUGCUUUGAAAUCAUCAAUUCAUCUUUAUGCAUGGGCACCAAAGUCCUUUGAUGAAAGCACUGCUAUUAAAGUGAUAUGCAUUGAUCAAUCAGCAGACUCCAAAGGAGACUACAUGUCCUAUGAAGCCUGUAUACGAAUUCUGGCAAAAAUACAGGCAGCUGAUCCAGCGAACAAUUUUAAGAGACCAGAUGAGCUCCUUCAUUUGCUGAAGCUCAAGGUAUUUCCAACACUUGGUCAUAAGCCAGUUACAGUUGACCUGGCUAUUGGUUCUGAAAAAAGACUAAAGAUUUUCUUCAGCUCAGCAAAUGGAUAUCACAUCAUUGAUGCAGAAUCUGAGGUUAUGUCUGAUGUGGCCCUGCCAAAUAACCCCCUGGAAAUCAUUAUACCACAGAAUAUCAUCAUUUUACCUGAUUCCUUGGGAAUUGGCAUGAUGCUCACCUUCAAUGCUGAAGCCCUUUCUAUGGAAGCAAAUGAACAGCUCUUCAAGAAGAUCCUUGAAGUGUGGAAAGAUAUACCAUCUUCAGUAGCAUAUGAAUGUACACAGCGAACCACAGGAUGGGGCCAAAAGGCCAUUGAAGUUCGCUCUUUGCAAUCAAGGCUUCUCGAAAGUGAACUGAAGCGCAGGUCAAUUAAGAAGCUGAGAUUUCUGUGUACCCGAGGUGACAAGCUAUUCUUUACCUCUACUUUGCGCAAUCGCCACAGCCGGGUUUACUUUAUGACCCUUGGAAAACUUGAAGAGCUCCAAAGCAAUUAUGGUGUUUAA